UAUUUGUGAAGUUUUAAUUGUGAUUUACGAAAUACAUCGCCUUCAUCAUAAUGCCGUUCAAGCGAUCCCCAAUGCGCUAUGCGCACAUCAUGGGCUACACAAGCGUCACAUAUCAGGAUGAUGGAAACUGCAUUAUCAGUGUAGGAUACGAUGGAGAUUUCCGCAUCUGGAACGGUAUUGGGGAUGACGAUCCGCCGACCGUUUGUGUGGGUGAGCACGUAUGGUCCGCGCUACAGUACGGCGAUCGGGUGCUAGUUGCGACGGACCUGAACACGGUCCAGGCGUACAAAUAUCCCUCGCUGGACAAGGAUGGAAUCGAGUUUCGUUUCACUGCCUUUGUGACCUGCAUGGCAAAGAACAAACGGUUCAUUGCCGCUGGUUCUGAGGAUGCCACGAUUAAAGUCCUGUCCGUGGACGAUGGCGAGCAGUUUGAGCUGGAAAACCUGGAAGGGCCCGUUCUAAGCAUGGACGCCAGCAAACAGGAUUUACUGGCGGCGAGCAUCGGCGAUGGAAAACUUCACAUCUGGGAUAUGAAAACGAAGGAGCUGAAGAAAACAAUACAGGACCUGCCAAAGGUGAAAAGCUUUGAGCGCGUUCUGCACUUCUCAUCACCCACAUUUGAGCCCAAAAAGGGUAACCUACUCGCCUAUCCGAAUGGGAAGGAGGUAAUCUUGCUGAACACCACCAGCUGGGACGUGGUGAAGAAAUUCGUCAAUCCAAAGCUGUCCACUACGCUGACUGUGUGUCGGUUUUCUCCGAUGGGCGAUUAUCUUGCGGCGGGCAGUGAAAGUGGAGACAUUUGCAUUUGGGAUUGCGAAACCGGCAAGCUAGUCGAGGGUGAUAAGCCGUACGACGCGAACCCAAUCACGAAACUCGUCUGGAAUCCGAAGAAUAACGGAGAGCUGGCGUUAUCGGAUGGCAAUGGGCAGGUUGGCACGGUUACGGACAUUUUCGUCGAGGGCGGCGAGGACGAUGCCGAAGGUGCGGAUAUUGUGGCGAUGGCCGAGAAGGAGGACGAUGAUGAGGAUGACGAUGCGUUCGAUGAUCUGUUCAACGCGCAUCUUAAGCCGGAUGAAAGGGAUAGCGAAAAUGAUGCAUCGGGUGACGACGAGGGGAAUGAGAACUGUAUCGAGCUGGAAAAGUUGAAAUCGCAAGUGAUGGGCCCAACGCAGAAAUCGGAUGGCGCAAUGUCCGAUGCCGGGUUCGAUGACGACGAUCGUGGUACGGUGCGCAGCGAGCGCUUGGCGGUGGCAAAGUCCUACCCCCAGCAGCACCCUUUUCAGCCCAGCUCAACACCGAAUUCGUUGGAGCAUUGCUAUCUGGUGUACAAUCAUGUCGGAAUCGUGCGGAGACAUGCGACCGAUAAGGAGAACUCGAUCGAGGUGGAGUUUCAUGACUCGCAGCAACACCACGGCAUUCAUUUGAACAAUUUCCUCAACCACACGAUGGCAGGGCUGAGCGAAACCGUGCUGGCCAUGGCUUGCCCCAACGAGGACGGUAACCCGAGCAAGAUUGUGUGCAUCAAUCAGGCCGCAUUUGGCAAGCGCGAGUGGACGUAUACGAUGCCGGGCUGCGAGGAGAUCAUUGCCGUGACGGCAUCGGAUAAGAUCGUCGUCGUUGCCACGGACAGUCGGCUGCUGCGCGUGUACACGGCGCGUGGCACUCAGCGGGAGGUGAUAGCGGUGGCGGGACCUAUCGUUGCACUUGCCGCGUACGGGGAUCACUUUUUGGUGGCGUAUCACAGUGCGCCGGCCAACGAGGAUCAGCACAUCAGUUUGAUGAUCGUGACGUGCGUCAACUUUAAGCUGCGCUGUCGGGAAGUGCGCGUACCACUGACGGCCGGGUCGGAGAUGCAGUGGGUUGGAUAUUCGGAUCGAGGAUCGCCCGCGGUGUACGAUACGGCGGGCAUGUUGAACAUUUAUCACGCCACAUCGAACCUUUGGCUGCCGAUUUAUAAUGCAGAAUAUUUGCAAACAAAAGGUGCAUCAGACCAUCUGUUCAUCAUCAAGGUUUCGGAAUCGACCCAGCACGUGCAGCUGGUGUUGUGCCGUGGGUCAAAGUAUCCGCUAACCACCCCGAAACCCAUCCCGAUGGAAGUGAAGUUUGCCCUUCCAAUGUGUGAUCUGGAGAGUGAAAAGGAAUGUCUUGAAGACGAUUUGGUACGUUCGCUUUACCUCAAAGUGAACGAUGCUGAUAAGUUAAUGAAGGAGACGGCUGUCAAACUGUUUGCGCUUGCCUGUAAAAAUGAAUGUGAACAGCGUGCGAAGGAGCUGGUGGAAACGAUCGCCUCGAGUCAUUUAAUUCCGCUGGUGAUUAAGUAUGCGAGCAAGAUUCGACGGUAUCAUCUGGCGGACAGUUUGGCACCAUUGCUACCAACGUUCCAGGAACAGGAAGUGCAGGAGGAAAAAAUGGAGCAGGAAAGCGUCCGAGAGAAUGCGGCCAUCGUGAACGAACUGCAGCACAUCAAUCUUGAGGCGAUCACGAAGAAAGAUACCACACCGAAAAUAAAACCGCUUCCAGUUGGCACGAAAAAGCCCACCAAUCCAUUCCGUAAAUCGACGGCCGCUGCAACCGACGGCAUAUCGUCACCCGCAUCGUCCUCGGGCCAUACCGGUGCCAACAGCAGUAAUCCGUUGGAGCAUUUGACCGGCAAAGCGAUUGGAUUUUCGGCCUCUCGCAGCAGCAGCCCGAGCGUUGGCAGCAAACUGACAUCGUCGUCGGUCGACGCAACGGGAGGACAGGACGAAAAUCGGCCACAGAACAGUGGCGGCGGCACCUCAACGCCCGGCAUGAAGUUUCUCCCUUGGUUCGAGCUCAAUCGAGACGACCUGCAGAGAAAGCAUCCGGAAGCGGACGAACAGCAGCUCAUCAAAAUUGGCAUGCGUGAGUUCAAGGCACAGCAGGCGAAAGGUGUAUCGAGCGACGCGGCAUCAUCCCCGGCGGACGGCGGAUCGGCGAAGCGGAAGCUGGACGCGAGUGAUGCACCAGAAUCGGGUGUGUCGAAAUUGGCAAAGUUUGGCUUCGUGAAGAGUGGUUAGUGUGAAUGAUGUUGCAGGAAUGCGAUGCUCUACGCACCGCGCCUUUUGGAUGAUAAGGUUAUUAGAUUAGCGCCCACAAACUCUAUAUCACGUAAACAGGUGCCUGAACUGAAGUGAACAAACGAUAGAAUAAUAAUUUUAAACCAUUA